UGCGCAGAGGCCCCCGCCAGUGAGAAACUAUGGUGGUGGCGGCCCCCCUCCUCGAGGUGGGGGCUUCCAAGGCCCCCCGCAGGAUGGAUUCUUCGAUCAAGAAGCUUACGAUUAUGGCUAUGACAACCCAAAACAACGAUAUGGAAACGGAGGAUAUGAUGACGCAGGAUAUGGAUACCCAAGUGAUCAGGCGGUCCCGAGAUCUUAUGGACCUCCGCGAGGCGCGCCGCGGCCCCCUCGGGGAGGAUAUGGCCCUCCUCCGAUGGAGCAACCCCCGGAUCGCAGCUACGCCUAUGGCGGACGAUCUGCGCCGAUGGGAAGUGACAGCCGUCGCGGACAUGGUGAUAGAGGACCGCCGAGAUCGGAUCGCAUGAGACCUCGUAACACCACGCCAGGUUCCGCAAUCGCCGGAUAAGAUGGGAUGGGACAACCCGUUCCCUAUGUUUCCGCCCAACGGGCAGCCCCGCGGUCGAGCCGACUCUCAAGGUCGUCUUGAACGGGGCAUGGCGGGAAUGGAUCUCAACGGCUCGAUGCCGCCAGUGAAACCUCCAGUGCGCCCACAUACCUCCAAUGGAAGACGACCGGAACCUUCUGCUCGCCCGCCCAUGCCCAUGCCCCCGCCGCCAGGUCGGGGGAGAGGAAACGCUCCUGGACCGCCGAUGAGAUCGGCCAGCGCAGGGCGCCAUGUAGCAGGCCCCGCGCUCGAACGAUCCUACACCGACGCUAGCGAACCACCGCCACCGAUCCCUCAGAUUAACCGGAGCGCAACCAUGCCCGUCACAUCAGCCCCAACUCCGCCACCUGUGUCCAAGCCCUUGUAUCCUGGACAGACGACAUAUCAGGAGCCAAGUUAUGCCGCGUUUCGUUACACCCGCGAGUAUAGCACGGAGGAACUAUUGGAUGUCUAUUAUAAUUCGGCCCAUGCGGCGGAACCCGACAUGCCCAAUUUUGAUGCGAUACCUGAAGGCGGCAAUGGGGGUAUGAUCGACGAGAGUUUGCCCGGGCUGGAGCAGCCAAAGCCGAAGAAGGCUCCGGUCGAAUCGCCGCCACCCUCGAGAGGUCAAUAUACUGCCUUCAAUCCACAGGCUACUCAGCUUCAUCAUGCCAAGUCCCAGCCAGACAUGCGAGCGGGUAAUGCGCCAAAUCAAUUCGAAAACGCAGGCUUUCAAUUCGACCUCCCCGGCGAACCACCAUCCUCUCCGGGCUAUUCUCCCGCGUACUCUCCUGGAUAUCGUCAUGAUAGUAUGGGUUUUGGCAUUGGCGAUAACCCUUAUCACGAUCCGAUGCCGGCACAGUACCGUGGACGCCAGGACAGUCGCAGCCAGUCCAUAACAUCAUAUUCUGCGGAAAGACGGCCUAGCUUUGCAGCGCGAGAAGGGUCCAUCCGUAGCAAUGGGCCCCCCAAACCCUACCGGGCCAACCAGCCCGGAUAUGCCAGCAACCCGCCGCCGGCAGUGAACGAGAUCGAGCCUACCGUGGAUCCUGACCAAAAUCCGGAUGCGCUGCCUCAUCAUCCGGUGCCUUUCCGGCCGGGCCAUGACUCGGGAAGCAAACCCGCGCCCAUGCGCCAGUACAACUCCAGCGUGCCAGUCUCAGGGCCUGUCCCGACACCUCCGCCUGCACCUGCAUCCGCGCCCCCGACUUUACAGCAGCCCCCGGUGGAGAUGCCAGUCCAUCAACCAGUAACGCGGGAGGAAAUUCAACGACUGCAACAGACCGUCAAGAGCCGACCAUCGGACCAGAAAACUCAACUUCUCUUGGCCAAGAAAUUGGUUGAAGCUUCGACAGUGCUGGUCGAGCAGAUGCGAACGGACCCGAAAACGAAACUGAAGGCAAGGGAGAAGUAUGUGAACGACGCUUACAAAAUAAUCAAGAAACUCGUUGCCGCCGGGAAUGGAGAGGCCCAGUUCUUCCUCGCAGAUGCCUACGGUCAAGGCCAGAUGGGUCUUCAGGUCGACAACAAAGAAGCAUUCAAUCUGUACCACUCCGCUGCGAAACAGGGACACGCUCAGUCCGCAUACCGAGUCGCCGUGUGCUGUGAAAUUGGCGCUGAAGAAGGCGGCGGUACUAAGCGCGAUCCUUUCAAGGCGGUGCAGUGGUACAAACGUGCUGCGUCUUUGGGAGAUCCCCCAGCCAUGUACAAAAUGGGGAUGAUCAUGCUCAAGGGACUUUUGGGGCAGGGGAAGAAUCCCCGCGAGGGUAUUUCCUGGUUGAAGCGCGCGGCCGAACGUGCCGAUGUGGAGAACCCACACGCCCUCCAUGAACUGGCCCUGCUGUACGUGAACGCAGGCACCAAUGAUGUUGUCAUCCGCGACGAGGGCUAUGCCUGCCAGCUUUUCCACCAGGCCGCAGAGUUAGGGUACAAGUUCUCUCAGAAUCGACUGGGCACUGCCUACGAGUACGGAUUGAUGGGAUGUCCGGUGGACCCUCGACAGAGUAUCGUCUGGUACACGCACGCCGCAGCGCAGGGAGAGCACCAAAGUGAACUUGCCCUCAGUGGGUGGUAUCUUACCGGUUGCGAGGGCAUGCUGCAACAGAGCGACACCGAGGCGUACCUGUGGGCGCGGAAGGCCGCCACUGCGGGACUUGCGAAAGCCGAAUAUGCGAUGGGAUAUUUCACCGAAGUUGGCAUCGGCACGACCUCCAAUCUCGAAGAUGCCAAGCGAUGGUAUUGGCGAGCAGCUGCCCAAGGAUUCCCCAAGGCUCGCGAGCGUCUCGAGGAGCUCAAGAAAGGCGGAGCUCGAAUGCAAAAAACCCGUCUUUCGCGGUCUGCCGUUAACCAACAGAAGCAAAAUGACGGAGACUGCGUCAUUAUGUGAUUUGCUUCAGUCUUAUAUUCGUUCAAUACCCCUUCUUUUUUUGUUUCUUUUUGUCUGCCAGCGUUGAUGAACCGCCACUUGCGGAUGCACACCUUUCCGAGUCCUGCCUAACCAGACCCGGAAUUUUGGUCUGGUCUAUUUUUUCACGCUGUAACGCAUAGAUCUGGAAGGAUUUUUAUCCGGGUUACACCUCAUGUACAUUUCGUUUUGAUUCCCCUCGAUGCCAUUUCCGAAGUUAUAAAAGCAAGUCCGAGCAUAGACCCGGCGUCGCAUUGGAUGUGGGCAUAGAUCGGGCCGGUUAUUGGAUAAACUAUACACUGUAUUUAGUUAAUAGUAAUGAAAUUCGACAUUCAUCUAUA